UCGCUACUUUAUUUGUUUAGUUUAGGGUUCUGUGAUCAGUUUGUUUGAAUCCUGAAUUCCCAUAGGCAUGGCCUGAUGAGCUCUGGGAAUCACAGUAUCACCGCUUCUUAGCUUCCUUGUUUUUCAUUUUUCAAUUCGUCGAAAUCCCUAUAAGAUUUUCCUUAUAUUUCUUCAAUUCGAUUCGAAAGAGGUUGCCGUUUGUUGUUUCAGUAUCGAUUCUCAGUCUCAGUUUCGGAAUGGCUGGUAAAGUUAUCUCUGCCCAACCCACUGCUGCUUUUGAGUAUGAGCUUUUUGAAGGUGACCCUGAUCACCUUAGAACUGUGGUUGCGACAUCAAACCAGAUGACUUCAUGGAUUGACCCUGCAAAAUUGAAAUUAAGACACAGAAUCGGAAGGGGCCCUUUUGGUGAUACUUGGCUAGCUACUCAUCAUCAGUCAUCUGAAGAUUAUGAUGAACACCAUGAAGUGGCUGUCAAGAUGUUUCGCCGUAUUAAAGAGGAUCACAUGAGGACUGUGGUGGAUAAAUUUGAUGAUAUAUUUUUCAAGUGUCAAGGUGUAGAAGAUGUUUGUUUGCUGCAUGGAAUUUCAAUUAUAAAUGGAAAGAUAUGCGUGGUAAUGAAGUUCUAUGAAGGCUCUGUAGGUGACAAAAUUGCUUGCCAUAGAGAGGGAAAUCUGUUAUUGUCUGAUGUUUUGAGGUAUGGAGCUCGGUUAACACGUGGAAUUUUGGAGCUGCACUCCAAGGAGAUCCUAGUACUUAACCUCAAACCUUCAAACUUUCUUGUCACUGAACAUGAUCAAGCAAUUCUUGGAGACGUUGGAAUACCUUAUCUACUGCUUGGAAUUCCAUUCGCUAGCUCAGAUAUGUCUUGCAGGCUUGGAACUCCAAACUACAUGGCACCAGAACAAUUUCAGCCAGAAGUAAGAGGUCCAAUAUCCUUCGAGACCGACUCAUGGGGGUUUGGUUGCAGUGUUUUGGAAAUGUUGACUGGAAGUCAGCCUUGGCGUGGUAGGUCACUUGAUGACAUUUAUGACAUGGUUGUGAGAAAGCAAGAAAAACCCCCUAUUCCAAGUGGUCUUCCUCCUAUGCUUGAAAAUAUUCUUCUUGGUUGCUUUGAGUAUGACCUCAGGAGUCGCCCUAUGAUGAGAGACGUAUUACUUGUCUUUACAAGCCUGCAUAAUGCAGUUUACACUGAUGGAGACUGGACAAAUCUUGGGAGUAGAGGAGUCCCAGAGAAAGCGAGUAGCAUUGGUUAUACAGAGUGGUUUCUUUCAAAGGAUACUCUGCAAGUGGGUGACUUGGUGCGUUCCCGAAAGCCUCCUAACUCAAGCAAACCUGAAAACAUGGAUGUCCCGGAGGGUACUGUAGUUGGUUUAGAACGCGAUGCUGAUCAAGAUAAUUUUGUUUUGGUGAGGGUCCACGGCAUCCAUGAUCCGCUGAGAGUUCAUGUUUCAACACUGGAGAGGGUCACUUUUGGCUUGGCAGCUGGGGACUGGGUAUGCUCAAAGGAGGAAGUCAAGAGACACUCUCCAACAGGUAUCCUCCACUCCAUUCAUCGAGAUGGGAGCGUAGCUGUUGGAUUCAUAGGGUUGGAAACUCUCUGGAAGGGAAAUUCCUCCAAGCUUCAGAUGGCGGAAUCUUACUCCGUGGGUCAAUUUGUGAGGCUGAAAGCUAAUGUUCUUAGCCCUCGAUUUGAAUGGCCUCGUAAAAGGGGAGGGGCUUGGGCUACAGGAAGGAUAGGUUUGAUCUUACCAAAUGGGUGCCUUGUGGUCAGGUUUCCGGGGAGGUUGACUUUUAGGGAUGAAAGCAGUGACUUCUUGGCUGAUCCGGCUGAAGUGGAAAUGGUUAGUUUCGGCUCAUGCCCUGGGAUGGUGAAGAAGUAUCAACAUCUUGAGGAUUUCCACUGGGCUGUGAGACCAAUUCUGAUUGCAUUGGGUUUGUUUACUGCCAUGAAACUUGGUAUCUUUGUCCGACACAAAAUAGGGAGGUCAAAGGUAAAGAAACAGCAUUCCAGUGCAAUUCUCGUUGAUGACCAUAAUACAGAGGGCCAGAUUGCCGGUAACCCUGCAUGGCUUCCUCCACCUGUAGCAAAUAUGCUCUUUGGAGAAGGUGGUAGUGCUGCUACUGCUCGGUAGUGUUCAUGCAUCCCCUUGUUUAUCUGCCUGGAGCUUGUUAAGUUUGCUUAAAUUUGCUGGCUUGCUGGCUUAGGGGGAUUUUGCCCUUUCAGCUGUGGCAACGAAGAGUAGUACUGCUCAAUCCCAAUCUACUUUACAGCACAAAACAUAUUGUAAAUAAAGUAUACGGGCGUAAGUGUAUAUGUAUUAAAUGUAUUCGCUGAUUCAAUAGCUAAUAUAGAAUUUGUUUCUGUUUUGGCUUA